UUUAGUGUUUUUAUCCAGUCUGGCGAUGGUGGCUUUGCUGCCUGCCAGGGGCCUGCGCCAAAGAUUUGUGCGCGCAGCGAUUUCAAUGCGCGAUUUCUUCCUCCAGUGAUCGAUGCUCGCUCCUCUGACCGGCGGCGCCGCGAAGAACAGGCUCUCUGGCGCGGUCGUGCGACGGGAACAGGGGAUUCGGGGAUUCGUGGUCGCGAUUUUGGUAGGGUUUGUGUUCUGUGCAUGCGGUGGUUCCCACGAGCGAAAUUUCGGAGAUUUGGCUCCGGAUUGCUCGGAUUUGUAGCCUAGCUCGCGAGCGAUGGAGGCGCCGCAUCUUUCAGCUCAUCACAGCAAUCGGCAUGAAGGGAAGCGGGACUGGUUUGGAUUGUUCUCGAGCUUCCGGCACGUCUCCAAGCAUCAUGAGGACUCUCUCAGCCUCUCCAGCACUCCUUCCCCUGAUGGAGGCCUACAACGCCUUGGAAAUCGUGGCGGAGACGAGAAGCUCGAAGACAUCGUGGAGAAUAGGAAUUGGACGGCGAUCCAGCCGUCUGGAUUCCGGCCUCAAGCUCGCCGUAACCACGCAACGACAGUGAUAGGAAGGAAGAUGAUCGUUGUUGGUGGUGAAACGGAUAAUAGAAAGCUCAACGAUGUACACAUGCUGCACCUGGGAAAAUUGACAUGGUCCGAGCUUGGAUCAUCUGUAAUAACAAAACCUUCGCAACAGCUUCCACCGUGUAGCGGCCACAGCCUGAUUGCGUGGGGGAAAACUGUUCUCUUGGUUGGAGGAGAUAUGGACCUUCACACUGACAAAGUCACAGUUUGGUCGUUUGACCUCGAGACAGAACACUGGACUAAAGUCCAUGCGAAAGGCGACGUUCCCGCAACACGGAGUGGUCAAACUGUAAGUCGUGCCGGCUCUAUUUUGGUCAUGUUUGGAGGCCAAGAUGCAAGAGGCCGCAUGCUAAAUGAUCUUCACGUUUUGGAUCUCAAGUCACUCAUAUGGCUUCCCUUGCUUACAAGUGGCAAAGGACCAUCACCACGGGCCCGACAUGUUGCUGGCAUGUAUGAUGAUCGUUACCUUCUUGUGUUUGGCGGUUCGACGAAGACAAAAGUCUCAAAUGAUCUCUAUGCACUUGACUUUGAAACUAUGGUGUGGUCUCGCCUAAAGCCAGGAGGAUGUAGUCCAUCUCCUAGGACGGGCAGCUCUGGCGUCCUUGUGAAUAACAAAUGGUACAUUACGGGCGGAGCUCAGCGUGGAACCAGAGUUGCUGAAACUAUAGCACUUGAUAUUCCCAAAAUGUCAUGGAUGAACGCUAUGAGGAGUUCGCUGGAUUCUGUUGCCAGUAAUCAGGGACUGAGCCUUGUUGUAGUUCAAAAAAAAGACAGGACUUUUCUUGUUACCUUUGGCGGAAGCGGUGCAAAAUCUAGGAGCAACGAGGUGCAAGUGCUGUACAUUGCAUCAGCGGAGCAAAGGGAAGACAAUGACAUUUUUCAUGGCAGCAACGGACGUACGUCACCGAGAGACCCGCUUGUACCUUCUGCAGCUCACAAUGCUGUGAGCCCCACGAAUCAGCGCCCGACCGUCCUCUCUCGGCUUCUAGACUCUCCCUCCCCGGAAGCUGUUCCUGGUCUUGUUCCGCUGCGCCAGAUACACUCUCAGGCUCAUCAAAGUUACAAGGCAGGCGAGAAGGUUCUUAACGACAACGUUUCGUAUGGCGAAGAAGAACCCGAGUCGCCGGAUGCACACGACACCGUGACUAAGGAACCUCAGUCGCCACGCCCCUUGGAGCAGCACGAGACUUCCGUGGACGCCGACGUGAAGUGCGAUUCCGAUUCUCAGUCGGACGAGAUCGAAGAUGUUGGCUCGGAAGAGAUACUCAAAGAAAAGCUUGCAUUGGCGGUGAAGAAGAAUCUCCUGACCGAGGCAGAGCUCGAAGCAGUGCAGCAAGAAAAGGACGAGCUGGAGAAGAAGCUGAACCUUGCAACCAGGAGCCAGCAAUCCGCCGAAGCAAAGCUCGGCCUGGUAACGAGGGAGGUGGAAGGGCUGAGAAGAAAGCUCGAGGCGUCGGAGCUCGUCCAAGAAGAGUCCAACAGCCUUUCCAACAUCGUCCACUCUGAGAAUUUAAGGCUGGAACACGACCUCUCGUUUCUAAAGGCGGUGCUCGAGGAGACUCAAAAGGAGUUACAUUCCACUCGAGGAGUCCUGGCCAGCGAGCGCACAAGAGCCUUUCAACUACAGGUUGAAUUGUUCGAGUUGAAACAGACGCUACAAUCAUGAGCGCGACUAAACCAAUUUGUACAUAUGGUUUUUUUGACGUAUGGAAGGUUCUCUUCGGCAUUUAUAGACAAGUACUACGGUUGUUGUUUACAGUUCACGCUCUCAACUUCCUAGAGAAGACGACGUACAUUGGAUCCGUUCUUCCGGGAUUUGGCGAGAUAUCCAAGGCCUGAAAGAAAGCUCUGGCAACAUUGACGAGAAGAAAGGCAGGCUUGGUUUUUCACGUACCUCGGCUGGUUCGUAUCCUCCAGCGUAAUGGAAGUAAGCACCAACAAUCCAGACGUGAUCCACGUCCCCAGUUGCCGUCCACACGGAGACUGCCUUCGUCCAGAAGCAUCGAUUCGAGAAACUAGAGGCAGCGGCGAGAUUUAUCUUAUCCGAAAGCAGGCGAAGCACGUACCUCAAGCAGGCUAAACCUCCGGGCUUAAGUACGCGAUUCAUCUCCUUGAAGACAUCAAUGGGCUUGCUCAAGUAGUCCACACUGACCUGUGAAGGAAAAGAGAGAUGGAAUAAAGCGAGGAGCCAGGCACACGGAGAAAAGAACGAAGGAAAAGCAACCUGGAAAAGAGGCCAAGCAGCCUUACCGUGUUUGUAAUCACGUCGAAGGAAUUGUCCUCAUAAGGCAGGCGAGGAUUCUGGUUUAGAUCUUGCACCAAGUACUCUGUUAGCACCUGCGAAAGAAAAGAGAAUAUAUAUAUAUAUAUAAGCUCUCGAGAAACGAGGUGAAAGAUUUUUCUA